GUAAUUUUAAAAUCAUAUUGAUCUCAAUUGUUGAAAGGUCUAAUAUUGUGGUGAAAGGUCACUGAUACUUCUACAUAUUUUCUGAAUUUAAUAUUACAUUGAAAAUAUUCAAGAUUAUCCACUAUGCGUGAGUGCAUAUCAGUGCAUACUGGCCAGGCAGGAGUCCAGAUUGGCAAUGCAUGCUGGGAAUUGUAUUGCCUUGAGCAUGGGAUUCAACCCGAUGGACAGAUGCCUUCCGACAAGACAACAGGAGGAGGAGACGACAGUUUUAACACCUUCUUCAGUGAAACUGGUGCAGGCAAACAUGUACCAAGAGCAGUUUUUGUUGAUUUGGAACCUACAGUUGUUGAUGAAGUAAGGACCGGCACAUACAGGCAGUUGUUCCACCCUGAGCAGUUGAUCACAGGCAAGGAGGAUGCGGCCAACAAUUAUGCGCGGGGCCACUACACCAUCGGCAAGGAGAUUGUGGACUUGGUGCUGGACAGGAUCAGGAAGCUGGCGGACCAGUGCACAGGCCUACAGGGGUUCCUUAUUUUCCACUCGUUUGGAGGAGGCACAGGCUCUGGGUUUGCUUCUCUCCUUAUGGAAAGACUUUCUGUGGACUAUGGCAAAAAAAGUAAACUGGAAUAUGCCAUUUAUCCUGCACCUCAGGUUUCCACAGCAGUGGUAGAGCCAUACAACUCUAUACUGACAACUCACACUACUCUAGAACACUCAGACUGUGCCUUCAUGGCUGACAAUGAGGCCAUCUAUGACAUCUGCAGAAGGAACUUGGACAUUGAACGUCCGACGUACACAAACCUGAACAGGCUGCUGGGACAGAUUGUCUCAUCAAUUACAGCUUCACUCCGAUUUGACGGAGCACUCAAUGUCGACUUGACAGAGUUCCAAACCAAUCUGGUUCCCUACCCCAGGAUCCAUUUCCCAUUAGUGACCUACGCCCCGGUGAUAUCGGCGGAGAAGGCGUACCAUGAGCAGCUUUCGGUGGGGGAGAUUACCAACGCCUGUUUUGAACCGGCCAACCAGAUGGUGAAGUGUGAUCCCCGCCAUGGCAAGUAUAUGGCCUGCUGUGUCCUCUACCGUGGUGAUGUUGUGCCUAAAGACGUCAACGCUGCUAUCGCCACAAUCAAGACCAAGAGAACAAUCCAGUUUGUGGAUUGGUGUCCUACUGGCUUUAAGGUCGGUAUCAAUUACCAACCCCCGACAGUGGUGCCUGGUGGAGAUUUGGCAAAGGUGCAACGAGCUGUGUGUAUGCUGUCCAAUACAACAGCUAUCUCAGAGGCAUGGGCACGGCUGGACCACAAGUUUGACCUGAUGUACGCUAAACGCGCCUUUGUCCACUGGUACGUCGGUGAGGGUAUGGAGGAGGGGGAGUUCAGUGAGGCUCGCGAGGACCUUGCAGCUCUGGAGAAGGACUAUGAGGAAGUUGGCCUUGAUUCCACUGAGGCAGAGGGUGAAGGGGGCGAAGACUAAAUUGUUUGAACAUUCUGCUUGUUGUAAAUCAUAUUUUUUUAAAUUUUAUUGUUUCUUCUACUCAUCUUAAAAGGCUGAUUUUUUUUCAUUAUCAGUUGCCUUUGGAAUGAGACUUUAUUCUUUUUCUAUUUUUUAGAUGUAGAUUCCUAGAAUCAUUUAACUAUUUUUCAUUCAAAAAUCUUGUAAUUAUUUGUCCAGUAAUGAUUAUUAAUAAUUGUUUUAUUGUAUUUUUUCAAGAACUUAUUUUACAUAAAUAAUUAUUGUUUGGUGACAAGACAAAAUUAAAAUUGUUUCUUUUUGUA